AUGUCUGUGCGUCAUUUACUCCAAACACCUGUCAAUACCUCAGAGAGCUGUGGGCGUAAGAGAGAAUACCUGACAAAAGUUAUUUGCUGGUGCGAUUUGGUCAACAUGAACACUCUGGAGGAUGUCCCAUUUCAGACCCUACUGGGACCACUGGAGGAGGAAGUGCAGCCCGUGACAGCUCCAGACAUCACUAUACCAAACUGCCACCGGAUACUACAAGACACUGAGUAUGGAUUCAACCUGGAGAAAUGGAUUUUAACUGGGCAGCAGCCCGUCCAUCGCCCAUCCUGCCCCCCCUACUGGCUGAUGUUCAGCAGCCCUCAGGAGAGUCGCAGGACAAAUCGCAGGAGCAGCGACACGUGGACCCCGAGCCCUCGACCCCGCAGUUACAGCCUGAACUCUGCAGACAUUCGCUGGCCGCACCAUCGCACUGUCAAGUUCCUCAUAUCUGACUCUGAGGAUGAAGAUGGUUACAACGAGGAUAAUGAAGGCUCUUCCACUGAAGACGCAUGUCACCCUAUCAAGAGCAGAGAGCGGCCCCGGAGCGCUGCACCCAGAGACCCACUCGCCAGAGUCAAAGACAUGCACCUUGGUCCUUCCACUCACCCCUGUAAGCCUGACUCACCUCUGAGCCUCAGAGCCCACAGAGGCUCUUCUCUGAAAGACUGCAGACAACCACUGCAAGCACUGGAGCAGCACAGGUCACAGCAGGCCAGCCCCGUACCUCAAGGGCAGAAGAACAGCAAAAAGAGGCAGCGGUCACUGGGCUCCGUGGGCAGAAAGUACUCCCAAAACACACCACCUGCUCGCCCCUCUCCAUGCAGGUUGCAGACGCAGCGACCCUCCUCUGCAGGGCCUGUCGUUAAAAACCGCAGGCAGAAGACCCUGAGGACUAGUGGCUCUCCUGGGGUUUUCUUUGAUUCAGCAGCAGAGUUGUUGUCGGCACUCAGCCAGGAGGAGAGGGAGCUACUUGAAACCAUCACAGAGAGGGGCUACCCUUUACGCACAGCUAUUCUGGCUCUGCAGAAGACAGGCUAUCACAGCCCAGAAAAGAUCCUGAAAUACCUGGUGGCCAGUGACCGUCUGUGUGAGCUGGGUUAUGAUGAAGCACAGGUGGAGGAGGCCUUGGAGAUGUUUCAGAACUGUGAGAGCAAGGCUGCUGAGUUCCUGCGUCUCCUGACUCAGUUUAAUGAGAUGGGCUUCAAGCAAAGUGCAAUCAAAGAAGUACUGCUUGUUCAUGAAAAUCACCGCGAGAGGGCUCUGGAAGAACUCAUGGCACACAUGGCUUAAACAGAGCAGCCUCUAAUUUCUAGUCUACAUGGAGAAGGGAUUAUUUUUACAACUACAAUACGUGAAAUGUACUCAAGAUACAGUAUGUGGUCAAUAUGGAAUACUUAACAGAUACUGCCUUCUAACUUGGACAAAAGCUUUGUAACUAAACCAUAAA